AUGGCCUACAUUUUGAAUAUGGCAUCAACGAGUACAUCGCAGGAGGACGGCCAUUUCUCCUUUGCAAAGAUCGCUGCUAUGCCCGCACCCACUACCAACCAACCAUGCUCGAUAUCCGACAUCAACAGUGCUCAGCCGGAGCACACAUCGAAUUCUGCGGAACAAUUUGACGCUAUCUCCUCGUUACCGACAUCACAUCAUUUGACCACAUUUACCUCAGAGAGCUCCACCGGUGGUCCUGUUGUGCAUGGCCUAGAAAGGGCAGUGCAGGACAUUAACCUGCAAAAAGACCAUGAUUCUUCUUCGGUAGAUGACAGUGAGAGUGGUCUUCCUAAACGAGACAACUUUUUCGACGAUGAUCGCACCCAUCUCUCCACCUCCUCUACCAAACUUACCAAUUUUGAUUCAAAGAGUCUUGCCUCGGUGACAACGUUUGCAAUGGAUGAAAAGGAUUCCGUACGACCCGACGACAGUGCGAGCGUCCAGGCAAUUGACGAAGAGGAAUCUCUGUCUGGGCUUGCAACCGGUGCACCAAACUCAGUCACAGGCUCUGAGGCUGGUGGCCGAGGAUACCGAGACCAAUUCCGAGAUGGCAAUGGUCAAAGACCCCGUGGCAUUCUUCCUUUGGCAGGUCCUCUCUACAAUGGUGGACUUCAACGGACUGCCGGUACUAUCCCGCCAGACUCUGUAUCCAACAAUUUCGUGAUUGCUGCGAACCCUGAUUGUUUGCAAGACAAUCAACCCCUGAAUGGAUUUCCUCUGGAGCCGGAUGAGAAGCUGUUAGAAGCGAUGAAAUCUCCCAAGGACCGACUCAUGAUACUUCAAUUGGAGGAAAAUAUACGGUGCUUCAUCCAAGACGACAGUGAACAAUCACUCGAGCUGCCACCAUCCAAUGCAUUUGGACGACUACUUGCACAUAAAUUAGGGGAUUAUUAUCACCUUACACAUUUUGUGGAUAACAAUGUAACAUCGGUCCGGCUUCAUCGGACGCCCUUUUGCCGCCUCCCCACGCCUCUUUCCGACAUACAUGCUGCUACCAAUACUGCACCGCCACCAACUCUCCCAGCCAUGAAAAUCAUGCGCCGGACAGACGGAGAACGACCUUCUGUCGAGGGUAGUGUAGGAGCAAGCUCAUCAGUCCCGUCAAAGGCCCCAUCCGAGGCUGGUGAUGGUCAGGAUUCGGGAUCCUCGGGCGGGUCCCCAACAAAGGACCGCCUAGCAUUGACAAGGGAGGAACGCGAAGCCAAAUAUAACCAGGCUCGCGAGCGAAUCUUCCGCGACUUCCCUGACAGUGCCAAAUCGGACCCGGCUAGUGGUGAUUCAAACCCCAACAUGUCUCGCUCCAGCUCAACAACUGGACGCAAGAAGAACGGCAAACAGCGUACGCCUCAUGAUGACGGGUUUGUAGCCCGUUCCUUAUUCAAUACCUACUACAAUUCACCCUGCAACAACGAUGCAUCUUAUAGCAACCCGGUGCCUUUCCUUGUUGGGCCGGGUGUGCCACCUCCAACUGGUGGCUUUGUGCCUUCCGGGGGAAAUGGUAUGCCAUACCUUGGAAACAUGGGUGGAAACAUGGGUACGAGCAUGGGUACGAACAUGGGGGUGAACAAUGUGCCGCAGUAUCCAAUGGGGCUGCCAUCUCAAAUGGCCUCUAACGGCCAGUGGCAAGGAGGAAACCCCCAGCAAUCGCCAUACUCAGGAUAUGCAUCGAUGAAUCAGUCUGGGAUGAGCCAACAAUCAUCCACCAAGUCCUCUCCAGCCAUGAGCAACUUUGCUAUCCCUCAGUCUGGCCCAUACCAGCAAUUCCCUUCCUGGAAUGGCCAGUCUUAUCAAGGGAACUACCCGCAAGGCCCGUACCAGCCAGCUCCGCAUCAAGCUCCACAUCAGCAAGCUCUGCACCAGCAGGCUCCACACCAGCAGGCUCCGCAUCAGCGUAACAAAGGCCCUGGUCAAUGGCCUUACUACCCUUCUGCUCAGUCGAUGACCCCCAAUAUGGCAUCCUACCCUUAUGCUCAGUACCCUGGGCAACAUUUGAAUCCUUCUCUCCAGAACCCCAACGGUUCUCCGAUGCAGGGAAACAUGGCACGAUCCCAUUUCAACCCCCAGACACGUUCGUUCGUCCCAGGCGGGGCCUCAGCACCGCGUCAUCCACUGCCAUCGUAUCCUAAUAUGACGCCCGGAGCUCAGGGUCAAUGGAACGGAUACCCUGAACCCGCCUUCAAUCGAAAUGUGGACCACGGCAACCAAGCCCGCCCAUCAAACACAAACUCCCGCGAUUCGAUCGCCAAAUGGGGCACACCUUCCCACCUUCCCCCCAAGCCUCCGCCUUCCGAGGUACCCUCUGAUUUUGAUAUGAAGCAUCGAGCCGGGCCGACAAUGUCUACGCCUCCAUCCUACCCUAGCGGAAUAGUCGGUGCUAAGAACGGCCCGCUUGUGGUCUCUGGAGGCAACUCUACCUCAAAAACGCACUAG